CCCCUGUGCAGACCGCGAGGGGAGACGGUGCUGGCGGCCGGGAGCGCAGCCACCCGGGGAGGCGGGCCAUGGCCGCGGGGCCGCCCGGGGAGCGGCUGCGCGAGGAGGCGCGGUGCCCGGUGUGCCUGGAUUUCCUGCAGGAGCCGGUCAGCGUGGACUGCGGCCACAGCUUCUGCCUCAGGUGCAUCUCCGAGUUCUGCGAGAAGUCGGACAUCGCGCAGGGCGGUGUCUACGCCUGUCCGCAGUGCCGGGGCCCCUUCCGGCCCGCGGGCUUCCGCCCCAACCGGCAGCUGGCGGGCCUGGUGGAGAGCGUGCGGCGGCUGGGGCUGGGCGCGGGGCCCGGGGCGCGGCGGUGCGCGCGGCACGGCGAGGAGCUGAACCGCUUCUGCGAGGAGGACCAGGCGGCGCUGUGCUGGGUGUGCGACGCCGGCCCCGAGCACAGGACGCACCGCACGGCGCCGCUGCAGGAGGCCGCCGGCCGCUACCAGGUAAAGCUCCAGAUGGCUCUGGAACUUGUGAGGAAAGAGUUGGAGGAUGCCUUGACUCAGGAGGCCAAUGUGGGGAAAAAGACUGUCAUUUGGAAGGAGAAAGUGGAAAUGCAGAGGCAGCGCUUCAGGUUGGAGUUUGAGAAGCAUCGUGGCUUUCUGGCCCAGGAGGAGCAACUACAGCUAAGGCGGCUGGAGGCGGAGGAGCGAGCGACACUGCAGAGACUGCGGGAGAGCAAGAGCCGGCUGGUCCAGCAGAGCAAGGCCCUGAAGGAGCUGGCAGAUGAGCUGCAGGAGAGGUGCCAGCGCCAGGCCCUGGGUCUGCUGGAGGGUGUGAGAGGAGUCCUGAGCAGAAGUAAGGCUGUCACAAGGCUGGAAGCAGAGAACAUCCCCAUGGAACUGAAGACAGCAUGCUGCAUCCCUGGGAGGAGGGAACUGUUGAGGAAGUUCCAAGUGGAUGUAAAGCUGGAUCCUGCCACGGCACACCCGAGUCUGCUCUUGACCGCCGACCUGCGCAGUGUGCAGGAUGGAGAACCAUGGAGGGAUGUCCCCAACAAUCCUGAGCGAUUUGACACGUGGCCCUGCAUCCUGGGUUUGCAGAGCUUCUCAUCCGGGAGGCAUUACUGGGAGGUUCUGGUGGGAGAAAGAGCAGAGUGGGGUUUAGGGGUCUGUCAAGACGCACUGCCGAGAAAGGGGGAAACCACACCGUCUCCCGAGAACGGGGUCUGGGCCCUGUGGCUGCUGAAGGGGAAUGAGUACAUGGUCCUUGCCUCCCCAUCGGUGCCUCUUCUCCAGCUGGAAAGUCCUCGCUGCAUUGGGAUAUUCUUGGACUAUGAAGCCGGUGAAAUCUCAUUCUACAACGUCACCAAUGGAUCUUAUAUCUACACAUUCAACCAACUCUUCUCUGGUCUUCUUCGACCUUACUUUUUCAUCUGUGAUGCAACUCCUCUUAUCUUGCCAGCCAUGGCAGUAGCAGAGUCGGGAAACUGGGCAUCCAGGGAUCAUUUAGAUCGUGCUUCUGAUGUAAGAGAUGAUCAUCUCUAAAGUUCUGUUCCCAAGAUGCAGUCCCAGCCUAGCAGAUGUUCCUGGAGUGGGGUGAAGGAUAUCAACGUGCUAAGUUUUAACAGAUACCCCCAUUUAGGUCAGCACUUGAUUCCUUGUUGCUGUGAAAUAUUUCCAUGGGACAAAAGAGGGAAUACGAAAUAUUUGGAUAUGGGAAGAUUAUAGAGCAUAAUAAUUUUAUAAAUGGAGCAAUCUCAACCUCUUUUUCUAGAUCACAUUUUCUUGAUGAGUCUUCCUUCAAAUUAAUGACCUUGGAUUACAUAAGG